GAAGCAGCAAGGUCAUUACUGUAAUCUCCACCAGAUGUGUAGCUGCACAGCCAGGGGACUCACUGCUUGUCCACUCGCUGGCGCGUGUAUGUGACGCCCCGUUUCCCCUGCUUGUCCUCCCAUACGGCCCUGCCCUUGAUGUGGUUGGAUACCUUGGUGUUCCUCAUCGCCGUGGAGAGCUGUUCUUCCCGCGCAAUAAACACUUCGACAUUCCGUCCAAGCUUCUUCUUCCCGAAGGGCUCCGAGUCCUUCUUCGUGUGCCCCGCUGGUCGCAUCGACGACAUGUCGCCUUGGCGCUGGCAAUAUUUUGCGCUUGAAACCCGAAACCGAUGUGAGAAUGAUAUAAAUUUAUAGAGGUGCGACCUUUCGCGAGCGAGGCAAUCUAAAUUUGCUGUGGGGGAGCGCAGAUACACCGAGCAGGAUGCAGCGGCUGAAUCUUCAGCAGCCUCAAGAUGACAUCGAGCACGAGUCCAAGGUAGAUGAAGCGCGAAGACUCCAAGAAGAAGAGAUUGAGAUCACUUUUGAACUACCAGAUCAAUCCGAAGCACGGCAAAAGUUCAAGAAGGGGUUGACAGUCGUGGUGCUGAAGAGCUACUUAGAGGCAGAAUUUGACUUGCACAUGCCCUCCAUCGUAGGUUCCUUGACGACGUUCCAUGAGGUGAAUGGCGGCUCAUUUCAUGUGUAGAAACUCGUGUACAACGACACUGUUUUGCUCGACCCGUAUUCGCUGACAGAUUACCCCGACUUUGAGCACAAAGACUAUGCUAGGAUUGUAGUGCAGCAUGCUCGAAAAUAGCCGCAAAACGUAAUGAUGAAGUAGUUAAAAUGCCCUUGUUCUGACUACUGUACAAGUUUACAGUAAAUUAAGGGAUAGUAUGUAAAUUAAG